UCGCCUAAAACCGGAGCGGUGUACAUCUCCCUGCUCAUCUCUGUCUGGAGUAAUCUCGAUGUUGUUCAAUAUCUAGGAAUUGCUAGGAAUAAUCAAAACACGACUGUGUACGCGACUUGACGCGGCCAGAUACGAUUGUGCUUGGAUUAGCUUUAUCAUAUGUAUACCGUGCUGUGCUUCUGAAGAGUUAAAAUAUUCGAGGAUAAACGCUUAAUAUUAUUCAUUGAAGAAAAGUAAUCCUUCUCACUCAGCAAAUAUGUCUUCGCUUCAGAAAUCCAUUUUGAAAUCGAAGCUACCACCAACUGGAUUGAAUUGUGGAGGAGUACCGUCCAGAAUGUUUAAACCUAGGGCAUUGCAGCGCAAACGAGAUUAUGAUCCAAUACUAUGGUCUCCUUAUUUCGAUCAUUCUGAAGAUGUUGAAGUCGGUGAAAACACAUUUCAUGUUUACUCUGUGGGAACAGAAGGACCGACAUUAGUUUUAUUACAUGGUGGUGGAUACAGUGGUUUAACAUGGGCCGAGUUUACAAAAUGCAUAGUCACAAUGGUAGUUUGUAGAGUAAUGGCAAUAGACUUACGUGGUCAUGGAGAUUCACACACAACAAAUGAAGAGGAUUUAUCUGCUGAUACGCUGGCUUUAGAUGUUGCUGGAAUAAUAGAAUCUGUCUCAGACGAUCAGACUCCAAUAAUUUUGGUAGGUCAUAGUAUGGGUGGUGCAGUGGCAGUGAAAGCAGCACCACUUAUAACAAAUUUAGCAGGUGUAGUAGUCAUUGACGUUGUUGAAGGAACUGCAAUGGAUGCGCUAACGUCUAUGCAGAGUUUUUUAAGAUCUCGACCAUCGAGUUUCAACUCAAUCUCCCAAGCUAUAGAGUGGUGCGUAAGAAGCGGCCAAAUACGUAAUGCACAGUCGGCCAAAGUAUCAGUUCCUGGACAAAUAAAAAAUAUUAAGACUGGGAAAUUAGCUACACAUGACAUUGAAUCACUUUCAAGUGAUCCCAACCAUGAGAACGAAGUGGAAGAUGUUAUCCAUCGCGAAGACAUCAUUCAGGAAGAAGAGACGUCUAACAUGCCACCACCUCCACAUAGCAACAAAUCUGAAAAAAAAAAUUACGCAUGGCGAAUAGAUUUAGCAAAGACAGAACAACAUUGGUCCGGAUGGUUUAAGGGUUUAUCUGCGGCAUUUCUCAACAUUCCAUCACCAAAAAUGCUUCUCUUAGCUGGCGUUGAUAGAUUAGAUCGUGAACUCACCGUCGGACAAAUGCAAGGAAAAUUCCAAAUGCAAGUACUACCAGCAUGCGGACACGCAGUACACGAAGACGUACCGGAUAAAGUGGCGGAGGCUGUUGCAACUUUUAUGGUCAGGCAUAAGUUUGCGGAACCGGCGUCGGAAUUUACACGGACUUUCCCUGCCUGUUAAGAACGGCGCUAGUAUGAUAUAGAUAAUAAGUUGAAACUCACUGAAUAACAUUGCAAGAGAUGUUCAAAAAAUGAUAAAUAUAGCGGAAUUAAGAUUUUUUUAUUUAUUAAACAAAAAUGUGUGUAUGACGAUGUAUGAUACACAUAUAAAUAAAAAAAGCGUCUUACGCCGAGAUUACCAUUUUAAAAAAUUUUCUGUUGUACAACAUUUUUAUGAAUUGAUAUAAACAUAUUACUGUAAAUCUGCCCUGAGAGAUCAGUUAUUGUAAUUAAUAAAAUUCUGCUGAGUACUUAAU